UGACUCUUGGUGCUGUCAUUUCAUGGGGUAUUAUGUGGCCCUUAAUCAGGGGACUAAAAGGAGAAUGGUUUCCCGCAAGUAUACCAGAAAGUAGCAUGAAAAGUCUUAAUGGCUAUAAGGUUUUUAUUUCCAUUGCAUUGAUUCUUGGCGACGGGCUUUACAAUUUCGUCAAAGUCCUCUAUUUCACUGCCACGAAUAUCCACGCCACCGUGAAAAAGAAGAACAUUAAUAAAUUUUCAGAUAACCAGAAACCACUCCCUCUUGAUGAUCUUAGACGGAAUGAAGUGUUUGCAAGAGAAAGCAUUCCUAUAUGGUUGGCAAGUGCUGGCUACAUAUUAUUCUCUAUCAUAUCCAUCAUUGUAAUCCCUCUGAUGUUCCACCAGUUAAAGUGGUAUUACGUGGUGUUUGCCUAUCUUUUCGCACCAUCUCUCGGUUUCUGCAAUGCUUAUGGUGCAGGCUUAACCGACAUGAACAUGGCCUAUAACUAUGGGAAAGUGGCUCUCUUUGUGCUUGCAGCCUUGGCUGGAAAAAGUGAUGGUGUAGUUGCUGGACUCGUGGGGUGUGGCCUGAUUAAAUCCAUUGUUUCCAUUUCAUCUGAUUUGAUGCAUGAUUUCAAGACUGGCCAUCUAACUUUCACUUCCCCACGUUCAAUUCUUAUAAGCCAAGCCAUUGGGACAGCAAUAGGUUGUGUAGUGGCUCCUCUCACGUUCUUCCUUUUCUACAAGGCCUUUGAUGUUGGGAAUCCAAAUGGGGAUUACAAGGCUCCAUAUGCCAUCAUAUAUAGAAACAUGGCAAUUCUUGGUGUGGAAGGCUUCUCUGCCCUCCCCCAACAUUGCUUGCAGCUUUGUUAUGGAUUCUUUGCAUUUGCCAUAGCAGCCAACUUGGUCAGAGAUCUUGCCCCCCAAAAGGUUGGGAAAUGGAUUCCACUCCCAAUGGCAAUGGCUGUCCCUUUCCUAGUUGGUGGUUACUUUGCCAUUGACAUGUGCAUGGGGAGUUUGGUUGUUUUCAUUUGGCACACACUAAACACAAAUGAGGCACGUUUGAUGGUUCCUGCAGUUGCUUCUGGUUUGAUUUGCGGAGAUGGAUUAUGGAUUCUCCCUUCAUCCAUUCUAGCUUUGUUAAAAAUUCGUCCCCCCAUCUGCAUGAGCUUCCUGUCAGCCAGAUAGAAGCUCACAAUAACAUUCAAAUACGAUAGAUAAGAGGAAAUAGAUGCAGCCAAAUUACUACCUACAGUCAUUAUGGGCAUAAUUUCGUAGGAGGCUUGCUUAUUAGCAAUUUCAUUCAUAAAGAUUCUGCUCUUAGAAUCUUGAGCGAUAUGUAAAUAUUUUUGACAUACUUGAUUAGAGGGAGUAACCAAUUUCAGCGCACCUUCCAUCUCUCUACACAAAAUGGACAAGAAUGAACGUAGCAUCUAACUCUACUGAAAUAGUAUGUCAAACUUUGAAUUUUGGUAGUGGUGGACUUUUGGUAAGUUUGUCCAAAUAAUCCAUCAAAAUAUGUGGCCUGUGUCGAAAGAAAUAAAGAGAGAUUGGGUUUGGCA